GCUCACCUUUCUCGGUUGCCAUGGCAGCCAAGGCAUCCAAAGGGAAGUGGGGGGCCCUAAAGGAGCACCUGACCAGCAGCCCCCCAGACCCAGAUGCUCACCUGGAGGCCAACUUGGAGAAUGCAGAUCCAGAGCUAUGCAUACGACUGCUACAGGUACCCACUGUGGUCAACUACUCAGGGCUGCGGAGGCGUCUGGAGGGGAGUGACCAGGACUGGAUGGUGCAGUUCCUGGAGCUCAAUGGGCUGGAUCUGCUGAUGGAGGCCCUGGAGAGGCUGUCUGGCCGUGGGUGUGCCCGCAUCGCUGACGCCCUCCUCCAGCUCACCUGUGUGGCCUGUGUGAAGGCAGUGAUGAACUCCUCCGCUGGGCUGCACUUUAUUCUGGACAAUGAGGGAUACGUCAGGACCCUGUCGCAAGGUGAGGAAGAGGGCUAGUAAGAAGGGGGGCAAGAGUUUUGGCAAAGGUGCUUGGGAGGAGGUGUCUGUCUGUCUGUUGGGACAUGAUAUCUGUUUUGAUUGGCAGCACUGGACACGUCCAACACCAUGGUGAAGAUGCAGGUGUUUGAGCUGCUGGCAGCCCUCAGCAUGUUCAACCCACAGGGACACCACCUGGCCAUGGACGCCUUGGAUCACUAUAAAGUAAGGCUCUUAUAUUCAUAUGGUUUACUUUCAAAGCAGUUUUCUGCUGAAGUAGCAUUGAUACCCCCUUGUAUUCCUACAAAAUAUUAAAGGAGGCCUGUGAAAACAUAUUUUUCCUCAUCUAAGACAAGGAAAACCUAAUUUAGAUAAGACAUAUCCCCGCUCUUCAUGAAUUAAGGAUGAUGACUUAUGUUAUCUUUAUAACUAUAUAUCUUUGUCAGAGUGUGAAGAUGCACCAGUACCGCUUCAGCGUCAUCAUGAACGAGCUGCAUGCGACAGACAACGUGCCGUAUAUGGUCAUCCUCAUGAGUGUGGUCAAUGUGAUCAUCUUCGGGGUAGAGGACCUGAGGAAGAGGGACAAACUACGCAAAGAGUUCAUCGGUAUCACUACCUCUUAAUCAUGCUUUUUCAACACUCACAUACAUAAAGAAGCACAGGUGUGAAUGGAAAAAAAGAAACACGGAGACUAACUCCCUUUUUAGUAUUUAGAUUCACUCAUUGUUUCUUGAGAAAGGUUUCCAUUGCCAUGUAUAUGUCUACUUGACCUUCAACUACUGUUGCCCAGGAAACGGAGAGGCUUAAGGAGUGGCUGUACCCUUUAAAGAUCAACCAUGCCCAAAUGGAUUACUAGUAUCAAGACGUACCACAACAAUGCUUAUGUACAGUGCUUCAUAUGUUGAAAAAUCUAUCAUAACGAUGAAGAUAUUGCAAUCGUUAUAAGCAAUGACUUAUACAGGAAAUACAGGAAAUAGAGAUGGACAUUCAUAGAAUUAGGAAUUAGAAUACUAGAAUGGCCAUGAACCUUCUUAUGACGGUAUUAAGGUCAGCCAUUUUGGUCAGGGCAUGGCUUGCCAGUGCUGUGAUAAGAUAUUGUGUAAAAUAAUGAAUUUGAAGAAUUUAUCUUCACUGUAUGUUUGUUGGUUAGAUAGCCAGCCAGCCAGUUUUAGAGGAAUGAUUCUAUUAAUUUGUUUAAUUAACUGCCAAUAUGCCAAUAUUCAAACAAUGCAGUCCACAGACAUACACUGGCUGAAAUACUGUAUAUAUAAUAGCAUGUUGACAUUUAUGGUCUGUUUACAUAUAUUUUAGAGGCUAUUUAUACAGAAAAGUUGUAUAACACCUGUAUAAACUGUAUUUAUAAUUAUAUAACAAUAUUUUAGUUUGACAAUAAUUAUAUUACACAAUUUCCGAUCUAUAUCACAUGCUUUACUUUAUAAGUAAAAUCAGGAUUAUGCCUCUACUGCCAUUAAUUCAAUUAGACUGGUUUGGAUUUCUCCCUGACCAAUAUGGCUGCCAUUUUCACCCCAUUGUAGAACUUUGAGGAUUUGUAACAAUCCCCCUCUAGUAAUUGAAUAGGAUCUCUAUGUGGACAUGUCAAACUGGAUGAAAAUGUCUAACUGUGACUUAUUCUUUGUCUCGCAGGGCUACAAUUACUGGAUUUACUUCCAAAACUGAGGUAAGUUUAGUAUUUUUUGCAUAAUUAUUUUUGAUUUAUUUCAAAUAUAUGUAAACUUUUUGUGAAUAAGCAAAUGCUCUGUUAUGCACAGCACACCAAUUUUCUUUCACACUACAACUAGUUUUUCCCUGUGGAAAUACGUAUUCAUGUGUGUUUGUGUGUGUGUUACAGGGAGACGGAUGAUGUGGACCUGAACAUCCAGUGUGAGGACUUUGCGUACACCAUGGCAGAGGAUGAGGAGGAGAUGGAGAGGGUGUACGGAGGUAUUGACAUGAGCAGUCACCAGGAAGUCUUCACCACACUCUUCACCAAAGUAAGCACCAAUAAAGGGUGUAUUUAUUUGUAAAUAAAACCCACAGCAGAUAAUACAAAUAACAUAACCCCCCCUCCCUUCUCGCUCCAGGUGAGUAGCUACCCUGCCUCGGUGCAGCUGCUGUCCAUCCUGCAGGCUCUGUUGUUGUUGGGGCCGGAGCGCAGCGAGGUGUGGCUGGCCCUGGAGGCCCUGGCUGACCGCGCUACUCUGCUUGCACAGGACCGUGAGUCUGAGAUCAAUCACUGUCAUAGUCCAUAAAAACAUUAUUUUCACAAUUUAUUAAGUGUGGCCAAUGUACGCUGACAUGUUUUGGCUGGUUUAUAUUAUGUCGCUCUGACAUUGUCUGUGUGUGUGUGUGUUCUUUAGCUGAAGUUGACUCCACCGACCGCUUGAUGGAACGUCUGGUGUCCUUCAAGGGUCAGCAAGGGUCACCUAAGGUCAAGACCACAGACAGGGGCGUUCAGAUAGACAUGACGGAAAGAUUGACCGAUCAUUUGGUUGUCAUUAAAGGAUCUACCUCCCCUGUUGCCACUGCACCCCCCCCUCCUCCUCCUCCUCCUCCUCCCCCACCACCACCCCUACCAGGCAUGGCAGCUUUCGGCACACCCCCACCGCUUCUUGGCUUCUCUGGGAUGCCGCCCCCUCCACCUCCCCCUCCUCUCCCCGGUCUCCCUCCUCCCCCACCUCCACCUCCUCUACCAGGGAUGGGGAAUGGGGGUCCACCACCUCCCCCACCCCUGCCUGGGAUGGGUCCCCCACCACCACCACCCCUACCUGGCAUCAUGGGUCCUCCACCACCACCACCCCUGCCUGGUAUGGGUCCCCCACCUCCCCCUGGUGGCGGUGACAUGAUUAUGGCCCAGAGCGUGCAGAUGCUGGGCCGAUCCUCCUAUGCCCGUCCUCCCAAGGCGGGCCGCUGCCCCACACUACGCAUGAAGAAGCUCAACUGGCAGAAGCUGCCGUCCAGAGUGGUGACUGGUAAGGGACCUGUCAGAUUGUGUCACCAUUGAAUUAAACUAACAAAUAUAGUUGACCCUGAUAAGUGUAAAUUGGAUACAUUUCAACUCAGAGUAUAGUGUAUAAGUCACAAUUAAAAUACUGUACACCGUUUUUUUCUCUUGCUCCAGACAGUUACUCCAUGUGGACAUCGGUACAGUCAGAUUCUCUGGAGCCUGACUACUCCAGUAUUGAGGAGCUCUUCUGUCUGCCAGUGACUGAGUCAAAGGCCAAAGGCAGUGCCCCUGCAGUCAAACAGGAGCCCAAAGAGGUAGAGAGAGUAAUCGAUGUGGUCUUACUCCACCUCAUUAGACUUUGAAAUGGCCUUAUCUCACUCUCUCUUCUCCCUUCAUCAUUGUCAUUUUCCUUAACCCAUCCCCUGUUUUAAUUUCAAGCAUCAUACUUUUUCUCCAUCUACAGAUUUCUUUCAUCGAUGCCAAGAAAAAUCUUAACCUGAACAUAUUCUUAAAACAAUUCAGAUGGUGAGUAUUUUCAGGCAGGAAAUAUGAAGAAGAGAGUCUUAGUAAAGGAGGAAACUUUGAUAGUUGAUAUGUACAGUAGAAGGGUGUUGAAAUACAGUGCCUUCAGAAAGUAUUCACACCCCUUUACUUUUUCCACAUUUUGUUGUGUUACAGACAGAAUUUAAAAUUGAUUUUAUGUCGGGCCUCCCGAGUGGCGCAGUGGUCUAAGGCGCUGCAUUGCAGUGCUAGAGGCGUCACUACAGACCUGGGUUCGAUCCCAGGCUGUAUCAAAACCAUCCGUGAUCGGGAGUCCCAUAGGGUGGCACACAAUCGUCCGGGUUUGGGGGGGGCUGACAUCCUGGGAUGCAGUGCCUUAGACCGCUGUGCCACUCGGGAGGCCAUUGAAUAUCCCUUUGAGCAUGGUGAAGUUAUUCCCACUUUGGAUGGUGUAUCAAUAGUCAAUAGUCACUACAAGGAUACAGGUGUCCUAACUCAGUUGCUGGAGAGGAAGGAAACCGCUCAGCAAUUUCACCAUGAGGCCAAUGGUGACUUUAAAACAGUUAGAGUUGAAUGGUUGUGAUAGGAGGAAACAUUGUAGUUACUCCACAAUACCAACCUAAAUGACAGAGUGAAAAGGAAGCCUGUACAGAAUAAAAAUAUUCCAAAACAUGCACCCUCUUUGCAAGAAGGCACUAAAGUAAAACUGUAAAAAAUGUGGCAAAGAAUUUAACUUUAUGUACUGAAUACAAAGCGUUAUGUUUGGGGCAAACCCAACACAACACAUCACUGAGUACCAGCUUUAUCAUGUUAUGGGUAUGCUUGUCAUCGGCAAGGACUAGGGAGUUUAAGUAUAAAAAUAAAUGGAAUAGAGCUAAGCACAGGAAAAAUCCUAGAGAAAUACCUGGCUCAGUCUGCUUUCCAACAGACACUGGGAGACAAAUUCACAAUAACCUAACACACAAGGCCAAAUAUACACUGGAAUUCUUACAGAGAUUACUUUGAAAGUUCCUGAGGGGCCUAGUUACAGUUUUGACUUAAAUCGGCUUGAAAAUCUAUGGCAAGACUUGAAAAUGGCUGUCUAGCAAUGAUCAACAACCAACUUGACAGAGCUUGAAGAAUGUUAAAAAUAAUAAUGUGCAAAUAUUGUACAAUCCAGGUGUGCAAAGCUCUUAGAGAUUUACCCAGAAAGACUCACAGCUGUAAUAGCUGCCAAAGGUGAUUCUAACAUCUAUUAACUCAGGGGUGUGAAUACUUAUGUAAAUGAGAUAUCUCUGUAUUACAUUUGAAUAGAUUUGCUCAAAUUUCUAAAAACAUGUUUUCACUUUGUCAUUAUGGGGUAUUGUGUGUACAUGAGUGAGAGAAAAAAAUUAAUGUAAUCAUAAUUCCGGCUGUAACACUACUAAAUGUGGAAUAAGUCAAGGGGUAUGAAUACUUGUACAUUGUAUGUCCCCUAACAGUUCACAUGAGGACUUUGUGGCCAUGAUCCAAAAAGGGGACCGCUCCAAGUUUGAUGUGGAGGUGCUGAAACAGCUGCAGAAGCUACAGCCAGAGAAGCACGAGGUGCGUGCCGGCACAGGAACCUCUGCCAAGUUCAUUGGUUCAUUCCAAGUGGCCACAAUGUAUUUUUAAAUCUAAAUACAGUUUCAGUUUUGAUAGCGAUAUAGUGUUGUGACAAUGUAUUUUUAGAUCUAAAUACAUUUUCCGUUUUGAUAGCGAUAUAGUGUUGUGAACCAAAUGUUUGUUGUCAGUUUAUGGUCAUAGGAAAGUGAUUGUUUUUUCCACCACUCAGAUUGAGAACCUCAAGUCCUACCAGGGAGAGAGGGAGAAGCUAGCUGGUGUGGACCAGUUUUAUCUCCAGCUCCUAGCUGUUCCAUGGUAAAGUUCUCCACAGCUUAAUAGCUUUCAAUGAGCUAGGACGGAUUCACCCUGGAUGUUGACCUUGGUCGUGUGUAUGUGUUUGACCCCAGCUACGCCCUGAGGAUCGAGUGCAUGUUGCUGUGUGAGGAGAUCAGCUCAGUGUUACAGAUGAUGCAGCCUAAAGCUGAGCUGCUGGACGAGGCCUGUGAGAGUAAGUCCAGGACCAGGCUAGCUGACCUACUACCCUCAUCGCCCCUAUGACUAAUUCAAAUUCAUUUGAUUUUAUUAUCUUUAUUUGGUUAUUAUUUCUAUCCUAUAAGGUCUGAGGGUGAGCACUCGACUGCCAAGCUUCUGCAAGCUCAUUCUGGACGUUGGAAACUUCCUUAACCACGUAAGAAUCCAUACCAUGUGAUGCCAUACAAUACAUACAGUGGGCUCCAAAAUUACUGGCACCCCUGACUGGCAAUGCACAAACAAUACUUUAAAAAAUAUAAACAAUAUAAUUAUAGAGAUAAACUCAGAAUACCAACAUGUGAGAAAUACUGUACUAUAUUAAUGUUCCAAUGGAACCCACCAAAAUCAUUUAUUGAUUUAAUUAAAAAUCAAUGUCCUCCAAAUCAAGGUUUCACAAUUAAUGGCACCCUUAAAGAUUAUUGUAAAUAACAUCUACCAAAAUUAAACCAGGAAUAAAAUUCCACUUAUUUAAGUGUAUCUACGUCUUAAGGAACUAUAUUGAGCCAUUACAUCACUUCCUGUUUCACUAGGGUAUAAAAAUGAGGUAACAAUAUCACUUUGUCAUCCAACACCGUGAAGAAAACAAAAGAACUGGCAGUUCAAAAGAGACAGAUGGUUGUAGACCUUCAUAAAUCUGGUAAUGGCUACAAGAAGAUCCACAACGAUUGAAUAUACCACUGUCAGGGCAAUUAUUAAAAAAUUCAAAAGAUAUGGAACAGUUGAAAACCUCACGGGUAGAGGACGCAAAUGCAUUUUGCCCCCCAGGAUAGGGAGGAGGAUGGUGAGAGAAGCAACAAAAUUCCCAAUAAUCACUGUGAAAGAUUUGCAGGCCUUGGUGGCGUCUUGGGGUCACCAAGUUUCAAAAAGCACCAUCAGACACCACCUCCACAACCACAGGCUCUUUAGAAGGGUUGCCAGAAGAAAGCCCUUUCUGAACCCAAGACACAGAUGCAAGCGCUUGGAGUUUGCCAAACGUCAUUUAAAUUAUGACUGGAAGAAGGUGCUCUGGUUAGAUGAGACCAAAAUUGAACGUUUUGGUCAGAUACAGUAUUGGCAUGUUUGGCGUCGAAACAGAGAUGCAUACAAGGAGAGGCACCUCAUACCCACGGUGAAAUAUGGUGGUGGGUCAGUGAUGUUUUAGGGCUGUUUUAAUUCCAGAGGUCUGGUUAAGAUUGCUGGCAUAAUGAAUUCCACCAAGGAUAAGACAAUAUUGGCUGACAAUCUGGUUGCCUCUGCCAGAAGGCUGGGACUUCGCCGUAGGUGGACUUUCCAACAAGACAAUGACCCAAAACAUACCUCAAGAUCCACACAGAAAUGGUUCUGUGACAACAAAAUCAAUGUUCUGCCAUUGGCCAUCUCAGUCGCCGGACCUCAAUCCAAUAAAAAAAUCUGUGGGCUGAGUUGAAGAGGGCAGUUGAUAAGAGCAAACCCAAGAAUGUGAAGGAUCUUGAAAGGAUCUGCAUAGAGGAAUGGUCCAAAAUCCCUCCAAAUGGCUUCCUUAAUCUUGUCAAACAUUACAGGAAAAGACUGUUAUCCUUGCCAGAGGUGGUUGCACUAAGAACUAAAUGAGGAGUGCCAAUAAUUAUGAAACCUUGAUUUUGGUGACAUUUACAGUUGAAGUCGGAAGUUUACAUACACCUUAGCAAAAUACAUUUAAACUCAGUUUUUCACAAUUCCUGACAUUUAAUCCUAGUAAAAAUUCCCUGUCUUAGGUCAGUUAGGAUCACCACUUUAUUUUAAGAAUGUGAAAUGUCAGAAUAAAAUUAGAGAGAAUUAUUUAUUUCAGCUUUUAUUUCUUUCAUCACAUUCCCAGUGGGUCAGAAGUGUACAUACACUCAAUUAGUAUUUGGUAGCAUUGCCUUUAAAUUGUUUAACUUUUGUCAAACGUUUCGGGUAGCCUUCCCCAAGCUUCCCACAAUAAGUUGGGUGAAUUUUGGCCCAUUCGUCCUGACAGAGCUGGUGUAACUGAGUCAGAUUUGUAGGCCUCCUUUCUCACACACACCUUUUCAGUUCUGCCCACAAAUGUUCAAUAGGAUUGAGGUCAGGGCUUUGUGAUGGCCACUCCAAUACCUUGACUUUGUUGUCCUUAAGCCAUUUUGCCACAACUUUGGAAGUAUGCUUGGGGUCAUUGUCCAUUUGGAAGACCCAUUUGCGACCAAGCUUUAACUUCCUGACUGAUGUCUUGAGAUGUUGCUUCAAUAUAUCCACAUAAUUUUCCUUCCUCAUGAUGCCAUCUAUUUUGUGAAGUGCACCAGUCCCUCCUGCAGCAAAGCACCCCCACGGCAUGAUGCUGCCACCCCCGUGCUUCACGGUUGGGAUGGUGUUCUUCGGCUUGCAAGCUUCCCCCUUUUUCCUCCAGUCAUUUGUCCUCCAAACAUACCGAUGGUCAUUAUGGCCUAACAGUUCUAUUUUUGUUUCAUCAGACCAGAGGACAUUCCUCCAAAAAGUACCAUCUUUGUCCCCAUGUGCAGUUGCAAACCGUAGUCUGGCUUUUUUAUGGCGGUUUUGGAGCAGUGGCUUCUUCCUUGCUGAGCGGCCUUUCAGGUUAUGUCGAUAUAGGACUCGUUUUACUGUGGAUAUAGAUAAUUUUGUACCUGUUUCCUCCAGCAUCUUCACAAGGUCCUUUGCUGUUGUUCUGGGAUUGAUUUGCACUUUUCGCACCAAAGUACGUUAAUCUCUAGGAGACAGAAUGCGUCUCCUUCCUGAGCGGUAUGACGGCUGCGUGGUCCCAUGGUGUUUAUACUUGCGUACUAUUGUUUGUACAGAUGAACGUGGUACCUUCAGGCGUUUGGAAAUUGCUCCCAAGGAUGAACCAGACUUGUGGAGGUCUACAAAAAAAAUUCUGAGGUCUUGGCUGAUUUCUUUUGAUUUUCCCAUGAUGUCAAGCAAAGAGGCACUGAGUUUGAAGGUAGGCCUUGAAAUACAUCCACAGGUACACCUCCAAUUGACUCAAAUGAUGUCAAUUAGCCUAUCAGAAGCAUGUAAAGCCAUGACAUCAUUUUCUGGAAUUUUCCAAGCUGUUUAAAAGGCACAGUCAACUUAGUGUAAACUUCUGACCCACUGGAAUUGUGAUACAGUGAAUUAUAAGUGAAAUAAUAUGUCUGUAAACAAUUGUUGGAAAAAUUACUUGUGUCAUGCACAAAGUAGAUGUCCUAACCGACUUGCCAAAACUAUAGUUUGUUAACAAGAAAUUUGUGGAGUGGUUGAAAAACGAGUUUUAAUGACUCCAACCUAAGUGUAUGUAAACUUCCGACUUGAACUGUAUUUUGUAUUAAAUAAUUGUAUGAUAUUGUUUGUGCAUUGCCAGUCAGGGGUGCCAGUAAUUUUGGAGCCCACUGUAUAACCAACCCAAAAAAAAGAUGGUCUCACAACAACGUUGUUAGUGAGAGAACUGUCUGUCUAUCUCUGUUCUACAGGGGAGCCACACGGGGAAUGCUCAGGGCUUCAAGAUCGGAACCCUGCUGAAGCUCACUGAGACCAAGGCCAAUAAAAGUCGCAUUACACUGCUCCACCACAUCCUACAGGAGGCUGAGCAGAACCAUGAUGACCUGUUGAACCUUCCAGAUGAUCUAGAGAUCUGUGAAAUGGCUGCUGGGUAUUGGAAAAAGCUGUAUACAACAUUGUGGAGUCUAGUCAAAUCUUGACACCAGAGGCUAUGCUAACCUUACCAAGUUUAUCGUUUACUUCCACAGUGUGAAUCUGGAGUCUAUCCAGACAGAGGCGAGCUCACUCAUCAAGCGGUUGAAAGAUUCAGAGAAGAAGGUGGCUUCCUCUUCUGUGGAGGACAUCAAGGAGCAGUAUCUAACUGCCAUGCAGGUGGGUUGCAAUACCUCUCCUCACCACCAGAGAGCAGGUGACAAUGUAGUUUCGCACAAGCUCCCCUUAAACAGUGUUAGAGAUUAAUGACUUCAUCGGGUUUGUUGCCAGAUCAUAACUAAAUAAAUCCCUCUGAAUUGGCUGUCUACUCUAGGGAAGCCUGGAGGCCUGCAGGGUGCUGGAGGAGAGGUUUGUCUCCAUUGACAGGAAGAAGGAGGAUCUGGCACAGUAUCUGUGUGAGGACUCAUCCCAUCUCUCUCUGCAGGAGCUGUUCAGCACUAUAAAGACCUUCAGGGGACUCUUCAUCAAAGCUCUCAAGGUGAGAGAAACAACUAACUAAUGGACCUACUUCACCUAUUGUCUUUCCUAUAUAAAACCAUUCAAUUUAAGCAUAUCUUUCUGUGUUUAUUCCACACACCGGGUCAUACAUUUUGACUAUAGGUCCUUCAAUUUAGUUCAGAGAUUAAAUACCAUAUUGCUAUGGUUUCACAUUCUGGACACCUGUGCUACUGUGUGUUUUCUCUUGCUGUUUUAAAUCCCAGGAUAAUCAGACCCGCCGAGAGCAAGCCAUCAAGGCAGAGAAGAGGAAGAAACAGCAGGAGGAGGAGGAUUCCAAGCGACCGAGAGGGGAUAACGGGAAGAUAAGUGAGUCUAACCGCCAGCCAACACUCCAAAUAACACUGUUACCUCAUGGCCCUCCCUGGUGACUACAGUCACGACUCAACAGUGUCCCAUUACCAACACCAUAAUCAUACAUGGAUCAUGUGUAGAUUCUGAAAGAGAUUCUCCCUGGCUGUGUCUCAAUCUGCACUGAUCUAGAAGAGCUGGGGAGGUGAAAGCAUUGCUCACAAAACAGAAGGCUUCCAUUUCCUUUAACUGUCCAGUCUUUCAGUGCAGAUUAAGGAAAGGAGACUAGGAAAUUAUGCCACUUUCUAAGGACAGUCAACACCUAUAAGUGCACAUUUGAUCAUUGCAGUUCACCAGUCCAAAUUCAAACACACUUCCAGAACAUUGAAUGUGUCAGUGUGGACUGUUUUGAGAUGAACCCUCUGUCUCUCACCCCCAGUUCGUAAAGCACCCCCAGUCCAGGAGGAGGGCUGCAUCAUCGACCACCUGCUGUCUGACAUCAGGAAGGGCUAUGCACUGAGGAAGACCAGGCCCCGGGCCGACAGGACCAGCCUGCCCUCUGCGGACAAGAAAAGGGACAGCAGUCUGCCUGGUGAGCAUGAGGAUGGGACUGGCCAUUGAUUCUGCUGCUGCCCAGGGCUGUUUGAAAGAUAUUACUAAGGCCCUGUCCAGAAACACCCUCUUACCUCUAACCCCUAGGCACUUGUGUAGAUCUGAAAGGCUUGAAUGUAGAGGAGGUUUGUAGAGGAGGUAAAUGUAGUUAGUUAUGCUUUAUGUUAGUAUCUUUAAUUAAUCAUUUCCCUUUCUCUCCUCCCCUAGAGCAGGGCACCAAGCCUGAGGGAUUGUCUGUCAUAGAUGCUAAAGAUAGAGAUGUAAAGGUGACAUCACCGAAUGACCAAAGACAACAAGACAGAGAUUCAGUCGUAGGGGAGUCCUCAUCCGGCCUCCCCACACACCCCUCACUCAAAUCGAGUUCACCCGAAACCUUAGGACCCUCAGACCUCCAUAAUACCACCGCCAAGGACCAGGGAACCUGUGAUCACACCCAGAGUGAGGACCUCAACCCUGGGAUGGAUUCAUUGGCUGACCGCCUGGUUGAGGAGGAGUCCCCAGAGGUGGAGGGGGUUAAGGCUGCUGAAUCAGAGGUUGAGGAUGUGAACAGGAAUGCAUUCUCAGCUGGUGGGGAUGGUCCAAAGAGCGGAGACACAGAGACAGAUGGGAACCAGGAGAGUGGGGCUGAUGGAAUGGGGUUAGAGGAGAGUCAAUCAUCAGAGUCCCCCUCAACCACAGCUGCUGGUGACGCAGAGCCCAAACAACAGGCACAGAAACGGGGGGAUACUAAGAGCCAUAGCAAAGGUAAUGUCUUCAAAACUAGCCUCAUCACGAUAGAAAAUGAACCAUGCUUGCACAUCUUGAUUUUUUUUCGCUUGUAAGGAAAACUAUGUUUCUUGUCUUUAAUUACCUAAAAACAGACAUGAGCUAUGGAAAAGGUCACGCUAAACCUAAAAAGGGUUGUGCGUUACAUUGAGGUAGGUUCUCCUCCGUUCAGGCUUUCAGAAUCCAAGAAACACCAUCCACUAAUCCUGCAUGGAUCUAACCAGGUUUUUGAUUUAAGGGUCCUGUUUCACUGGUUUCCUGUCAAUUCUGUGUCUUGUCCAUCCUGCAUAUCCCUCCCCUUUCCUCAGUGACCUUUCAGACGCCACUUGCAGUUACUGUUCCUGCCUCAGCUCUCUUCCAUGUCUGGGGGGUAUGUGGUGUGGUUAGCCUGGCUGGCUAUGUGUUGGUGCUUUAUGGAUGACUUCCAGGGGCUUUUUGGUGGUUGUAUAUUGUCUGUCAGCUAGCACUGGAUGGUGAUUUGUAGGCUUGCCAUCAUUGGAUCCCCCCAGUACCCGAGGUGACCUUAUGAUGGGAGAUGUGAUACCCCUUGCGCCUGGCGGAACGCAUACCGACCCACUGAACACUGCAGGACCUCAGCCAAACUUUGCCUGUUCUCCCUACCAACAACCACCACCACAAACACAUACACAUGCACACACACACACACAGAGAAAAUCAUUGAAUUAGAUCAGAUCUGGGCCAGUGGUUUUGUGGGUCAUUUCUAGGUUGUUAUUGAUUCACUCGGUGUGAGCAACAUUUUGUGUAUUUUACAUUUUGUUUCUAACAAGGAACAAGGCACUAUAAAACAUAAUGUUGCAUUUGACGUUAAGAACAACCCGCUGGGCACAGACAUUUUUACAUUACAUUUUAGUCAUUUAGCAGACACUCUUAUCCAGAGCGACUUACAGUUAGUGAGUGCAUACAUUAUUUUUUUAUACUGGUCCCCACGCCAUGCUCUACCAACUGAGCUACACCCCUGCCGGCCAUUCCCUCCCCUACCCUGGACGACGCUGGGCCAAUUGUGCGCCGCCCCAUGGGUCUCCCGGUCGCGGCCGGUUACGACAGAGCCUGGAUUCGAACCAGGAUCUCUAGUGGCACAGCUAGCACUGCGCUGCAGUGCCUUAGACCACUGCGCCACUCGGGACUUAGACGGCAUCUAUUCCACAUUGGUUCAAUGUAAUUUCAUUGAAAUGGCGUGGAAACAACAUUGAUUCAACCAGUGUGUGCCCAGUGGGAACUUACUACUGCAAACGUUUUUACCAGAUUUUCCCCCAUAUUUUGUUUCUUUUAUGAAUGUUUGCCCCCAUUUUGUCAGGGAAGCAUGUCAGGGAAGCAGUUUGUUGUCACUUUGCUGUAAAUCUUUGUCACUCUACUAAGGGAUGUUAAAAUCACAGAUUUUGACAUUACUUAUGUGUGGGGUCUAUGGGUCUAUUCUCUUCUAACCGCCAGUGUGCAGUCUGGAGAGAGGGACUGCUAUGGGUCUGACGCUCAAUACACUUUCCUUGUUAUGUAUACACUUGAGGUAGAAGUUACCCUUAUUCAUAGAUCUGGAAUCAGACUAUCUAUACCCCUAAUGUUACCCUUUAUCUUUAGAGCAAUUCAAAUAUCUGACCCUAGAUCAGUUGUUAGGGGACCAUUCUACCUACUUCACCUGAAAGUACACAGCUUCACUAAAAUCUCACAACAUCAAGCUUUACCUAUAUUUGUGUCCUUGUCUCCAUUGUUUGGGGGGUGCUUCCUUUCCAUGUGCUCUCAUCUUGUUGCUUUACUUGACUUAUUCCUUUCAGCUCCUAGUGGAGCAAUGGGUCUCAACAGUCUCUCCUCUUGUAUUAUGGGCAAAUUAAAUUAGCUAUAGCUGUGUGGUUGGUGUAUGCAACAACACUGAUUCUAUCUUGAAUCUCUAUUUCUAGGUGGACGCAAGAAGAAGGACAAGGCCAAAGGCAAAAAGAAAGAAUGAACAUUGACGCCAUCUUCCAGUGCUCCAGCCCUGUCUGCCAAACAAAUACUAUGGCAUACAUUAACAUUAUACUGUACUUACAAAUAUGUAUAUCAGCCAUGCAUGUUUGUCCCACUUUUUUUAAAGGAUUACCUAGCGAACCUAGGUAAUGUUUGUUUUUCAAAAUGGAGACUUCCUUAUCUUUGUAUUAUUUACUACAUCAAUAACAGGACAUGUGGCAAUGAUAUGACUAACUGCUUGACAACUAACCCCAGGAAGGAUGGAUGAUGAUGGGUUCAUUUGCAUGUUACAAUUUCAUCAUGGACAUUCAAUGUAUUGGACACAAUUUCAUUGAAAUAUGAUACAUUAUUUGAAGAAAAUCAACAUGUCUAUGUAUAGAAUGUUUCAAUUUGAUACUGAGACAAAUGUUUACAGUAGUUCUACAUGUUAUGUUUACUUGUUGAUACAGACCCUCGUUUCAUUUGGCAAAUAGAGGGCCUCUUUAGCCUACAGCCAAGCAAAGUAGUAAUGACUGUAAAAAAUAUGGGUUCAUGAUCAAUUAGCCAUUAAAUAUUGACAAGGUAACAGCAUAGAUAGACCAUAAUAAUAAAAACCUGUUUUUCCAGACACAACAAGGUGUAAUGUGCUCUAGUCUCUUUUGUAACAGUAUCAGUUAUUGUUUCUUAUUGCACUCUUUGUUGCAUUAACACUGUCAUUGAAAAAAAGCUAUGAUAAUCAGGGAUUUAGUAGGCUA